UCAAACUUACAAUCGUCUUAGUUAUACUCAGCUGAACUCACAUCUCCCAUCAACAUGUCCUACAACUGCUGCUCUGGAAACUUCUCCUCCCGCUCCUUUGGGGGCUACCUGCGCCACCCAAGCUCCUCCUGUGGCUCUUCCUUCCCCAGCAACUUGGUCUACAGCCCUGACCUCUGCUCUCCCAGCACCUUCCAGCUGGGCUCCUCUCUCUACAGUGACUUUCAAGACAACUGCCAUGAGCCCACCAGCAUCCGGACAUCCUAUGUGGUGUCCAGCCCCUGCCAGACAUCCUGCUACCGCCCAAGGACCUCCUUGAUCUGCAGUCCCUGCCAGACAACUUACUCUCCAUCUGUACGCUUUGGGUCCAGCAGCUGCCAUUCCCUGGGCUGUGGACCCAGCGGCUUCAGACCCCUGAAUUAUGGAGGCUGUGGCUUCCCUUCUCAGAGCUGUGCAUCAGGAUUCUACCGCCCAACCUACUUGGCUUCUAGGAGCUGCCAGUCUUCUUGCUUCAGACCAACCUGUGGAUCUGGCUUCUAUUGA